AGGAACUGGUGCCGACGACUAGGCCGUGCCAAAUCAUAGAAAACCGGUCGACCGUCCCCUUCUCACAGGCAUUUCGAUAUAUCGAAUCUGCAUAUCCCACACCCACGGUCCACAUCCGGCCAGUCAGGUCCAGUCUAUCCAACUAUCACCCGACAAGUCUCCUGCUGUGGAAUUGGCUGAAUUGGCCGAGCUGGGCCUGCUGCCAAAUCAUCCAACCGCCUCGACCAGCAAUUCCUGUGUUUUGUGCUUUAUGCGCAUGUCUGCCGCCACCAUGUCAUCCGUUCCGGCUAUCCCUCCCCGUCCGGCAAAGACAGGGGAGAACGACAGUACAGCCUCCGGGCCCGUCAUUCCCCCUCGUCCUACUCGCCGCUUCAAUCGCUCCGUCUCCCCCAACCCAGACCGUUUUGCUCCCUCACCGUUGAACGAAGGCGCCUUUGCUUCGAAGAGCCCCGAUCCCCAUCGGCUGAGCGCUACUCGCCUAGGCCACGAGUUGGAACGUUCCACUAGCGUCGAGAUGCCUAGCGUGGGUGAGGAAGGUCGGGAAUAUGCUGUUGCGAUCGAGGAGCUGGGCGCCGCCUUGGAAGCUCCCCGUCGGUCGUCCGGUUCCCCCGAGCAAACCCGCACCGUCGGCGAGGACCUCAAGCUUCAUGCUCCGAAGCCGACCAUGCCCGCCCAGAGCGCCAAGCAGCGCGUUGCCGCCGUUACCCGUACAGAUUCCGAAAGAGCUGCCGCGUUUGGCAUCGGGCGUCCGUCCCACGAGGACCAGACCCAGGCGGGUAUGACCCUCAGGAAGAAACCGAGUACCGCGAGCCAGCUCUCCCACCAGAGCGAUUCCUAUAUCGAGGACGAGCACGGGAUUCCCGAGAUCGGGCGGAGGGUCCCUAUGCUGGCCAACGCCGGCGAUGUCCAAGCUCCCUCCCCGGACCCGGCAAAAGCCGCCCGACAUCACGCUAGGGCGGCUUCCCGAGGCGGGUUCGGCGAUCUUCCGUCCGACGUCUACGGGCUCCACGGACAUGGUGUUACGUCCACCGACAAGCUCGACAAAGCAUACUAUGAGAAACACCCCGAAAUACUUCAGAAGGAGCGCUACAACCCUCUCCACGGCCGCGUACGCGACUACGCUAUGAGCAGCGAGGACCUGAACAAGAUCGUCCGGGAUACGGCCAGUCGCGGUGCUGGUUUCGGUGAUUAUGCCGAAUACAUUGGGACUCCGAGCGAACAGGUCGGCUUUCAAGCCGCUGAGGAGUAUGCGUCGCGCAUUGCGUCUCCGCGACCUCCGUCUUCCUCUCCCAAGCAAGGCACAAUCUCCUUGACGUCUGGCUCCUCGGCGACCGAGGUGGCUGCCGACAAUGCUAACGUACUCGGCGACGACGACGUCAUUCACGUAGACGAGCCCAGUCGGCGUACGGGAUCCGUUAAAUUUGGUGAUGAGACCGGCGCCGAAGGCGAGCGCACUGAGGAAGUAUACGCACAGCCAAUUCUAGCCUCCGACGAAGUAGCCAAGGACACGUCGCCCUACCAACUCCAACCCGCUAUCGAGCCUCCGCCAGAUCGGCACGGGAGCGUAUACGAUAUGGAGGAGCCCGGAAGUCGCUCCGCCAGCAGACCAACGAGCAUUUACAGCCCUCCACUGCCCGAGAUCCGCUCUACCCCUUUAGAAGAUGUCGAAGAGUACGAGCCUCUUUUCCCGGAGGAUGACAAGAGCAGCAAAAAGCCUCCGGCCCAGACCGACAAAACACAGGAACCCCGCCAGAGAUUCCCGAGUCGAGACAUCUGGGAGGAUCCCCCUAAUUCUGUGUACUCCACUGCAGAAGUCUCAACGCCGGAGAUACUAGAAGCUCGUCAGAGAGAACAAGCUCACGUCGCGGACGUGCCCCCACGAGACGGAGAGACCCCGGCUCAAGCCUUCGCUCGGAGACAAGAGGAACUCGCCGAGAAGGAAGCGAUUACCCCAGACAGCUUUCUGCACCGCCAGCAGAAGGCCGCCUCGCGAGUCGAGAACCAAUCGCACCUAGCCAAGGGGGCUGCCAGUCGGCCUGGACUUGCCCGCCGGUUCCCGAGUCGAGACGUCUGGGAGGAUACUCCCGAUUCUCUACAGUUCACCACGACAGUCUCCGCUCCACAGACCGCCGAAGAACCUCACGAAGAAGAGGUGGCGAAGCCGGCCACCGAGGAAGCGACACAGAAACCCGCCGUCUCGGUCGGUCUUAAGAAGCAGGAACCGGGAGAGGAGUCUGCACCAAGACCAGUCAUUCCUAGCCGCCCGAAACCUCAAAUUCCCGCUCGCCCUUCGAGGCCAUCCUCAGAGCCUAAGGAGCCCGAGCCGGUAGCGAAGCAGAAGCCCGCGGUACCGGCGAGGCCUGCCGGAGGGAAGAUCGCUGCUUUGCAGGCAGGAUUCUUGUCAGAUCUCAACAACCGUCUACGGCUAGGCCCGCAGGCCCCUAAGAAGGAGGAAGACAAGCCCCAGGAACAAGUCGAGGAAAAGGAAACGGCCCCGCUAUCGGACGCGAGGAAAGGCCGCGCGCGAGGUCCUCAGAGACGAGCCCCUGCUAAGGUUGUGAGCUCAAGCGUCGCCGCGGAGACUGGGCCUACGUCUGCGGCCAAUGACAAGCCCCUUCUAACCUUCUCGCUCACUCGCACCUUAUGGAGCAUCGACGAAGAAGGCAACGUGCAAGUGGACGUUUCUGAACCGGAAAAGUUACCAUCAACCGCAGAGACCAAGCCAGAAGAAAUUAAAUCUGCGGAGCCCAAGCCCGAGAAGUCUAAGAGUGAGGAGCCAAACUUGGAAGCGCCGCGACUUGAGCAGAAGAAGGUGGAAGCCGAGGCGGAGCGGGCGCCAGAGGUCAAGGCAGCCGAUGCCAAGCCGAAGGAGACCGCAGAGGAAGAUAACGCGGUAGAAGUGACCAAGACGCUCGCCACAAACACAGCCGGCGAGCCCAUACUAAAAGAGACCAUCAAGGAGGAACCAUCCGGGGACCAAGUGCUAGAAGUUGAAGACGUUAAGGACGAGGUGGAAGAAUAACAGGUCAGCUACUUUUCUCCGCUCAGGGGGAGGGGGAGCGUACACGAAUGGCUCUCACCACGUUUCGUUCUAACUUCAAUCCCACAUCACGUUUGAUGACCGAGGCCUCGAUAUAAGGAGGG